AUGAUGAUGAGAGAUGGAAAUAUCUCGGGACCAAAAAAAAAAAAAUUUACCACCAAGUGUAGACCAUUUUCUUUCUACAAAAACAGACAUAUUAUAAUGUUGAUAAAUGAUGAAUCAGUAUACUUGUAUAAUUUAACUUUGAAGCCGCCUUCAUAUUAUAUAUCCUCGAUAGUGGGGCAGUUUUACAAACAAGACAAUUCCACCAAGAAUGCGCAACAAUUAGUUCUUGUCUCAUCUACUACAUUACAAUUAUUCGAAAUAAAUGAAGAAGCAGGGAAACUUGAACUUCAAUCUUCUCAAAACCUACUUGGAAUAAUCAAUAGCAUUGAAAAGAUUUGUCUUUCUGAAGUUGACGGGGUAGUCAUUACCAGUGAUUCAGGAAAUCUCUCAAUUUUACAAUAUGACAAUAAAACUAAAAAAUUUAUCUCAAAGAUUCAAGAGCCAAUGACAAAAAAUGGAUGGGGGAGAAAUUAUGUUGGUGAAAAUUUGGCCAUUGACCCUGAGAAUCGAUGUAUAUUAGUAGCAGCAAUGGAGAAGAAUAAGCUAUUUUAUAAAAUAGAAUCAAAUUCUCUGGGAAGCAAGGAGUUAAGUUCACCUUUAGAGGCACAUUCUAAGCAAGUAUUAUGUUUGAAAAUAGUUGCGUUGAAUACAGAUCAUAACAAUCCAUUAUUUGGAGCUCUUGAAUUGACUCCAGAGAAAAAGUGUAUUAUAAAUUAUUAUGAAUUAGAUCAAGGUUUGAACCAUGUUGUUAAAAAGAAACCCAAUUCGUCAAAUCUGGAUCCAUUACCCAAUGAUGUUAACUAUUUGAUCCCGUUACCUGGUCAUAUUGGAGGUAUGGUUGUUUGUGGGACCAAUUGGUGUUUCUAUGAUAAAUUAGAUGGUCCUAGAAUAUAUUUACCUUUGCCAAGACGAAACGGACAAACACAAGAUUCCAUUAUUGUUAACCACGUUACCCAUGUUUUGAAGAAGAAAAAAUUUUUUAUAUUACUACAAAACGCAUUAGGUGAUUUGUUUAAAUUAACUGUUGAUUAUGAUUUUGAUAAAGAAAUUAUUAAGAAUAUAUCAAUUACUUAUUUUGAUACUAUCCCACCGGCACUCAGUCUAAAUAUUUUCAAGAAUGGAUUUUUAUUUGCCAAUGUAUUAAAUAAUGAUAAAUUGUUGUAUCAAUUUGAAAAAUUGGGUGAUGAUUUAACAGAAGGUGAAUUGGUCAUCAAUUCUUCGGAUUAUGAAAGUUUGAACAGUGUCCGGGAAUCCGUCACCUCAUUUAAGUUGAAAGGAUUGGAUAAUUUGGCAUUGAUUGACGUUUUGGAAACAUUGAGUCCUAUAACUGAUUCUAAAAUUAUAGAUUCCAAAUUAGUCACUUUAUCUUCUCAUUCAUAUGUCAAAUCGAUAACUCAUGGUGUUCCAACAACUACAUUAGUUGAGUCCCCAUUGCCUAUAACGCCAACAGAUAUUUUCACAACCAAAUUAUCACUAGAGUCGGCCAAUGAUGAAUAUUUAGUGAUAUCGUCAUCGUUGUCUUCCAAAACAUUGGUGCUUUCUAUUGGAGAAGUUGUUGAAGACGUUGAGGAUUCUGAAUUUGUGUUAGACCAACCUACUAUAGCAGUACAACAAGUAGGAAUUGCAUCAGUAGUACAAAUUUAUUCUAAUGGUAUUAAGCAUGUGAGGACGGUAAAUGGGAAUAAAAAAACUACUGAUUGGUUCCCGCCAGCAGGAAUAACAAUUACUCAUGCCACUACUAAUAAUCAACAAGUUUUAAUUGCCUUAUCCAAUUUAAGUGUGGUGUAUUUUGAAAUUGAUGCAACUGAUGAUCAAUUGAUUGAAUAUCAAGAUCGAUUAGAAAUUGCAACCACGAUAACAGCAAUGGCAAUUCAAGAAAACAUUAGUGAAAAAAGUCCAUUUGCAAUUAUUGGCUGUUCUGAUGAAACAAUUCAAGUGGUCUCGUUACAGGAACACAAUUGUCUUGAAAUCAAAUCUUUACAAGCAUUAUCGGCGAAUAGUUCUAGUUUGAAGAUGUUAAAACUGUCGGGUAAAGAGACACAUGUACAUAUUGGUAUGGAGAAUGGUGUUUAUGCAAGAAUCAAAAUAGAUACUAUAAAUGGGAAUCUCUCGAAUAGCAGAGUUAAAUAUAUUGGUUCCAAACCGGUAAGUUUAAGUGUUAUUAAAUUUUCUAAUGAAAUAGAAGGAAUAUUAGCUAUUUCUUCAGCACCUUGGAUAUCUUAUUUAUACCGAGAUUCUUUCAAGAUAACACCAUUGUUGGAAAUUGACAUUACUAAUGGAUCUUCAUUCAUAUCUGAAGAUAUUGGUGGUGAAGGAAUAGUUGGAAUAAAAGAUAACAACUUGAUAAUAUUUUCUGUGGGUAAAGAAGAUAGUGUAUUUGACCCUCUGCAAGAUUUGACAAUUGCCACCACAAAAUUGAGAUAUACUCCUAGAAAAAUGAUUACUAAUGGAAAUCGUUUGUUUAUAUCGGAACUGGAAUAUAAUGUGCAAGGACCAUUUAAAUGCAAUAUAAAUGGAGACGUAAAGGAGAAUGUCGAUGAAGAUUACUAUGAAGCAUUUGGUUAUGAAUGGAAGCAAAAUAGUUGGGCUUCAUGUAUUCAAGUUGUCGAUAGCAAAUCAAAUCAAGUUAUUCAAAGCUUGCAAUUGGACGGAAAUGAAAGUAUUGUUUCUAUGAGUGCUGUAUCAUUUAAUAAAACGUCAACACCUUCAGUGCCUGCUUCACAUCUUGUUGUUGGUGUGUGUACCAAUCAAACUAUUUUACCUAAUUCUUAUGAUAAAAGUUAUUUAUAUACUUUUAAAAUUGGUAAGAAACAUUUACAAUUAGUUCAUAAAACUGAAUUGGAUCAUAUACCACAAGUAUUGGAGAAUUUCCAAGACAAAUUAUUAGUUGCAUCUGGUAAUCACAUACGAUUAUAUGAUAUUGGACAAAAACAAUUAUUGAAGAAAUCAACUACCAUAAUUGAUUUUUCAACAAAUAUUAAUAAAAUCAUACCUCAAACAAAUCGAAUUAUUAUUUGUGAUUCUCAUAAGAGUUCUAUUGUAUUUGCCAAAUUUGAUGAAUCUCAAAAUCAAUUUGUUCCAUUUGCUGAUGAUGUAAUGAAACGACAAAUCACUUCGAUUAUGAAUUUGGAUAUUGAUACAUUAAUUGGUGGUGAUAAAUUUGGGAAUAUAUUUGUUACUCGAAUAGAUGAAGAUAUUUCAAAACAAGCCGAUGAUGAUUGGACAAUAUUGAAAACUCAAGAUGGGAUUUUGAAUAGUUGUCCAUAUAAACUACAAAAUUUGAUUGAAUUUCAUAUUGGAGAUAUCAUAACUUCAUUCAAUUUGGGUUGUUUGAAUUUGGCUGGUACUGAAAGUGUCAUAUAUACUGGAUUACAAGGGACAAUUGGAUUAUUGAUCCCGUUGGUUUCGAAAAGUGAAGUUGAAUUGUUAUUUAAUUUGCAACUCUAUAUGCAACAAUCACAAAAUAAUCUUGUUGGUAAAGAUCAUUUGAAAUUAAGAAGUUAUUACAAUCCAAUUAAAAAUGUGAUUGAUGGGGAUUUAUUAGAACGAUUUUUGGAAUUUGAUAUAUCAUUGAAAAUUGAAAUUUCUAGAAAAUUGAACAAAAGUGUUAAUGAUAUUGAGAAAAAAUUGAUUGAUUUAAGAAAUAGAUCUGCAUUUUAG